AUUUUGUUAUUAUCCACAGCUCUUUGCCCCGCGGUGGGAGGAUCCAGCCGCCGGCAUGGACCUCCUCUCUCUCCCGGCCGGCGGGUCCGUCGCCGCCGCCACCACCACCAGCUCCGCUCUCGCUCUCUUCCCGCCGAACCCCGUCCUCGUCGCCACCAAGCUCGCUGUCAGCUUCUCCAACAAGCUCGCCGCUUGCCGCGCCGUUGUCGUUCGCACCGCCAUCUCCGUGCGCGCCUCGUUCCCCUCCCAGGCGGAGGCGACGGCGUCGGGCUCCCUUUGGUCUUCCACUCCUCGUACGCGGUGGAUGGUGGUGAUGGAGAGGCCCCCGGGCGGCGGCUCCUCCAAACCAGAGGUCAUCGAUUACUAUGUCGAAACCCUCGCGAGCGUUUUGGGAAGCGAGAAAGAGGCUCAGAUGUGCAUUUAUGACGCUUCUUGGCGAAGCCAAUAUGGUUUCUGCUGCGAAAUCGACGAGGAGUCAUCUCGUGAACUUGCCCGUAUGCCAGGGGUUUUGUCCGUUAGACCUGACACAAAUGAAGGAUAUGGUAAGAAAAAUUAUAGCUACUUGGACCAGUUACCAGCUGAUCAAAUGAAAACUGAUGGCCAUACUCGGAUAUUUUCUUCAUCCAUUGGAAAAAAUGAGCAUUGGCUAGUCCGGAUCGAGAAACCUGGUGUAGAAGUUGUCACCAAGGCACAAAUGGUGGACUACUAUGCCCAAACCCUAACAAAGGUUUUGGGAAAUGAGAAGGAUGCACAAGUCUGCAUAUAUCAUAUCUCAUGGGAAAAGGACUUUGGGUUUUGUUGCCAUAUUGACGAGGAAUACGCACGAGAACUAGCUGAUGUUCCUGGGGUGUUGUCUGUUUGGCCUGAUAUGAAUUUUGAGUCAGAGAACAAAAACUAUAAUGGUUUGUCAUACUUUCAAGUCAUAGUUUGGAGGAUGUUGGAUGAACAUGAAGAAAGUUAUGGCACAUUCCAAUGUAGAGGGUGUCAAAAAUUAGUAGGUAAUGAUCCUGAUUUAUCAGAAACAAAUGAAGUGCAGAAAAUCAGAACCAAAAGACUUUUUGUGACUGGACUAUCUUUCUAUACGUCUGAGAAAACAUUGCGUGCAGCAUUUGAAGGUUUUGGUGAGUUGGUUGAAGUUAAAAUUAUAAUGGACAAAAUAUCUAAAAGGUCAAAAGGUUAUGCCUUUAUUGAGUAUACAACUGAAGAAGCUGCAAGUGCAGCCCUGAAAGAGAUGAAUGGCAAGAUAAUCAAUGGCUGGAUGAUAGUCGUUGACGUUGCUAGAACUAACCCACCAAAGUACAGCAGAGGGCACCCACGGCCAUCAAGCUCAUCCGUUUCAUCAAACUAAAUGACCUCACACGAAAUUGACGAAGGCAUGGGUGAAUGUUUAAUUGCCUGGUCCAAGUUUCGGCAAAUUACCUGAGUCGCUUUUGCAGAUCACUGGGAAUGUGCAUUCCUUCAGAUUUUUUGUCUGUUGGAUUCAUCCCCUGGUGUAGGUAACUGCAACUCAGAUUGUACAUUGCUAAAUUUAGUGAACUUUUGCUGAUGUAUUAUCAUAUAUCUUGCCUAGCAUCUGAAGAAACUGAACUGGGUUCAGCAUUUGCCAACAACAGUUAAAGAGGAAGAAAUUUAUUUCAUAUUGUAUAAUCUACUGUAAUUGGAUCUAAUUUCAAAAGUACUAUCUGAUUCUUUUCAAAGGCUUUUCCAAUCUUUGUAAGGAUACAUGAUUAAUUGUUUCCUUUUUUCUUCGCCACAAGGCUA